AAGGGAGCUCGAGAAUCAAAUUUGUUUUGUGAUGUGGAGUUUAUUAUUGGCCACUGUCUACUAGCUUGUUGAAGUUUUGCAAAUUGAAUUGGCAUUUAAAGUAAAAAAAAAAAAUUAUAAGGAUAAUUUUGUCAUUUUAGUAACAUCAUCUCUUUGUCUCGCCCCCAUCAUCCUGCGUUCAUCUCUCUCUCCGACCACUACACAUCGCCGCUGUCGUCUGCCACUUGUAUUCUUCUUCUCCGACUACCGUUGUAAUUGUUUAUCGCCUCCGCCACCUGACCAAGGAAGAAUUGACUCCGACCACUACCCCUGUCUCUUCUUCUGAGGUGCAAUGGAUUGGGUUUUUGUGCAUAAAACAUGGGACAGGUGGGCUUCUACCAAUAUUGGUUCUGGUCUUCCUUUAAAAGCUGCUUUGUUGAUUAACUACGACCCGACUGGACCGUCUCGCUUGUUAUCUACCGUUGCUGAACAAGAAGGAAUGAAAGUCAAUAUCAUUGAAUUGAGACAUUUUGUGGAUUUUGUCAGAAACAAUAAACUUCAGACAGAGAGCUUCUAUAUUGGCUCCAAUCAGUACUUGGUCACAUCAAUUCAUGAGAACUGGUUUAGUGCAAGGUGCAUAAACACAUCAAAGGCUGCUGGGGAAGGUGCAAUAGUUUUGCAAACAGCAGCGUAUAUCUUGGUUGCUCUGUAUGAAGGUUCCAUUGGUCCAGCAUCUCGUGCUAUGUCAGCUGCCGAUCAGUUAACUGGGCAAUUAGUGCGAAAGAAUCUUUAGAUUGAUCCUCCUCCCAAUGACUUUACUUUUUUAGCUCCUCCACAGCUGUUGUGCAGUGUUAGGCAAGAACAUUACUGACCCAACAAAAAGACUCUGCGAGUCUAUCCCAAGAAGAAGUUUAGAAAUAGGAAUUAGUUUAUGCUUUUUUAGAGGUUGUUUAGGUUUAUUUUUAUGGUAGUUAUAGUUGGUUAGGUAAGGGUAUAAUCCCCUUUCUGCCUACUGCUACUCAAAGAAAGCUAGCAUGCAGACUCUUGCAGCCAAGUGCAUUGGUGAUGUUCUGAUGAAGCUAUUGAAGAACCAUGCUGGUUGCAAUAUGAGUGGGAUUCUUUCAUUGUGUAUGAUUUACAUUCUGAAGUAGACAAUUGUUCGAUCUUGUUGCCAUGUUUGUUGGAUUUUAGUCAGAUAAUUUGUUUAUAUUGUUAACAAAAAUGGCCUUCUGUUGAAAUAUGUGUUUUGUGUUGCUUCAUAUAUGAUCAGUUCAUGUGUUACUUGGUGCUUGAAGUCUCCAAAAAGUGUAAAAGAAUUUGGCGCUUUCUGUGUUUGGUGUUGCUUUUCCACUUAACAUAUAGCCUUGUGCAAUUGAAUUACAUCGUUCCUAAGCCACUGUGGU